CGCAGGAGGGGCGUGACCGGGCACGUGGUGCGGAACCGGCGCGGCGGCUGUCUGCGGAAUCUCCAAGGUCUGUGGUCCAGCUGAAAGAUGUCAGUCCUCACUACCCUGUUUAAGUAUGUUGAUGACAAUCAGGAUCGCUAUGUUAAGAAACUUGCAGAGUGGGUGGCCAUCCAGAGCAUCUCUGCGUGGCCCGAGAAGAGAGGGGAGAUCAGAAGGAUGAUGGAAGUGGCCGCUGCGGACAUCAAGCAGCUGGGCGGCUCCGUGGAGCUGGUGGAUAUUGGGAAGCAGAAGCUUCCUGAUGGCUCGGAGAUACCACUUCCUCCCAUUUUACUUGGCAAACUGGGCUCCAACCCACAGAAGAAAACGGUGUGUGUUUAUGGCCAUCUGGACGUGCAGCCGGCAGCUCUCGAGGACGGCUGGGACAGUGAGCCCUUCACCUUGACAGAACGAGACGGCAAAUUGUAUGGGAGAGGUGCAACUGAUGAUAAGGGGCCCGUGGCCGGCUGGAUCAAUGCCCUGGAAGCCUUUCAGAAAACAAGCCAGGAAAUUCCUGUCAACAUCCGAUUCUGUCUGGAAGGCAUGGAGGAGUCGGGCUCCGAGGGCCUGGACGAGCUGAUUUUUGCCCAGAAGGACGGCUUCUUUAAAGACGUGGACUACGUCUGCAUUUCUGACAAUUACUGGCUGGGCAAGAAGAAGCCCUGCAUCACUUACGGGCUCCGGGGCAUCUGCUACUUUUUCAUUGAGGUGGAGUGCAGUGACAGAGACCUCCACUCCGGCGUGUAUGGGGGCUCAGUGCACGAGGCCAUGACCGAUCUCAUUACACUGAUGGGCUCCUUGAUAGACAGGAGGGGGCGGAUCCUCAUCCCCGGCAUCAGCGAAGCGGUGGCCCCCGUGACGGAGGAGGAGCUGGAGCUCUACGACAAGAUCGACUUUGACUUGGAGGAGUACGCCAAGGACGUGGGCACCAAGACCCUGCUCCACGACUGCAAGAAAGACAUCCUGAUGCACAGAUGGCGGUACCCGUCACUCUCCCUCCAUGGGAUUGAAGGCGCCUUCUCUGGGUCGGGGGCCAAGACCGUGAUUCCUAGGAAAGUGGUUGGCAAGUUCUCCAUCAGGCUUGUCCCGAACAUGACUCCCGAAGUUGUCAGCAAGCAGGUUACAAGCUACUUGACUAAGAAGUUUGCUGAACUGAACAGCCCCAACAAGUUCAAGGUGUACAUGGGCCAUGGUGGGAAGCCCUGGGUGUCUGACUUCAACCACCCGCAUUACAUGGCUGGGAGAAAAGCCCUGAAAACAGUUUUUGGUGUUGAGCCAGACUUGACCAGGGAAGGCGGCAGUAUUCCUGUGACUCUGACGUUUCAGGAGGCCACGGGCAAGAAUGUCAUGCUGUUGCCUGUGGGGUCAGCUGAUGACGGCGCCCACUCCCAGAAUGAAAAGCUCAACAGGCAUAACUACAUAGAAGGAACCAAAAUGCUGGCUGCGUACCUGUACGAAGUGUCUCAGCUGAAGAACUGAGAGGACCCUGUUUUCCGUGGAGUGCCGCCGGAGGAAUCCUGCCCUCUACCCGCAUCGUCUUCUGAUUGCUCGGGAAAGCGGAAGCUCCUCUCUCUCCUCUCUCUCUUGUCAGAUCAUACACAGACUUCCAAGAACAGACACAAGUACCCAACUGUCUCAUGAAUUGAGUUACCUAGACCGGGCAGAUAUAAAUGCAGUCCUGGGGGCUUGUAAAUGACCCUGAAGGACGGCUGAAUUCUCAAAGGUGCUCAGCAUGGCUUGGUCUCCAGAAAAUAGCCAUGGUCUAAAAGCACUAGUUCUGCUGUAGAAAGUUCUGGUUCCAUCCAGUUGGGCUGAAGAAAGGACUUGAUGCUUUCUGGUCCUGUCUCUGCCUCCUGAUUCAGGGUUGUGCACACUUGGAACAUUGUCAGGGGCAUCUGAUGCCUCAAGGGGCCACCCUUUCUGAUCCCUCAGUGUCGUGCGUAUUCUGUCCUUUUUUCAAGACCUUAGCCAUCACUGCUGUUUCCUGUCUUCACUUUGUUAUGAGCCUUCAAAACCUAAACCUAACUGGAAGGAUUAUUUGGUCUCAUUCUGUGCUGCUAAAUAAAAAGUAAAAGUGAAGCCUCUAGAAGAAUUGC